GAGUGCGUGUGUGUGUGACCGCGCAGAAAGGAGGUACACAAGGGGGCGGUGUCGGGUCGCCUGCUCCGCCCCCCCCCGCGGUCUGACGUCCCAGAACGCGAGGCCUGCGUGACGUCACCCCGCCGGGCUGCGCACGCAGUAGGAAGGCUUGACUGAAAAGUUAACCAUGACAAAGAGUAACGGAUCCUGAGCCCAGAGUGUCUUCAGUUUGAAGUAUGCCCAAUCCAACUCAGUUUCCUUGAGACUUAGGCUGUCUGACAGGAAGAAGGUUGAAAUAAGGAUUGUGAAUUGGGAAGAAUGGCCAACGCUGGCUUAUAGAAUCUUCUAUGAUUUUGACGUGUGCAUGGAUUGCUUUUGGAAAAAUUUCAUAAUCCUUUUAAUAAUCUGAAGCUUCUUCCUGAAACAAGAUCCAACUUUAACAGAAGUAUUCUUCUGGUGUUGCUAUAUGUCUGCAAGUCAUAGAACCCUCCAGUCUGUGAAGAAGUUGAGGACCAUUCAUAUGGCAGUGAAAGGGCACAUGGAAAGCUAUUCUCAGAAACAAAAGUCACAAUGGAGAAUUCUUUACUGGUACCUACAAAAGAUCAAGAUGAACCUAAAAUCUCUCCCUGGACAACACAGACUGGGAAAAAUUUACAGAAUAAAAUUCAGUUUAGGACUAUUGCCCCCAAAAUUACACCUAAAGUCCUAACAUCCCCACUGCUGCCCUAUCAAUCACCAUCACUCUCUGAUCAAGUUCAUCCCACAUCCUCAAAUUCUAGACCUCUGCUAAUGCCACCACAAAACUAUGCCCUGAUGCAAGUUGCCGGUCAGGAGGGAACCUUUUCUCUUGUUGCUUUGCCCCAUGUUACCCCAGCAGUGGCAAGCCAACCCAUCCAGAAGCCUAAAAUGUCAUUGCCCAAAAACCUUAAAUUACCUAUUCCUCGGUAUCAACCUAUAAGAAAUAAGAAGGUACCAGAAGUGGAAACUAUUCCAAACUCUUCUGUGAGUGUAAUUAGGAAGGUUCCAGGCAAUAUACAAACAUGUGCCCAGCCUUCACCUUCAAUAGUCAACCAUUCUGAACUUCAUACUAACAUUGAUUCAUCUGAACAUGUGAUAUUAAUAGAUCAGGUACCAGCCGAAAUCACAGUGACUGCUUUGCUUGAUGAAAGCGGCUGUGUAGAAUCUGGACCUCCACUGAUAAAUAAACCUGAGGCAGGUGACACUAUUAUUAUUCCAAAACCAUGGGUACCAGAGGAAACUUCGGCUGAGCCGGGUAAUUCAGUGAAAGCCAAUGUAGACAUAAAAACAAUAGCCAGAAAGUCCUCUUCCAUUGGUGGUGAGAAAAUCAAGGAGAGAGUAGCUGAUUCUGCAAAAGCCAUUACUGUGCUGUCCCCGGCGAUUUUUGGCAAUGCAGUUCAGCUGAUUCCUACAGCACCUAAAGGUAAACUUCCCAUCUUACCUUACUCAAGAAUGAAGACAGCAAUGUUUUGUAAAGCUAAGCCAAAUGCCAGCAUUGUAGGGCCUGCUUCUCCUUGGCACAGAUCUGAAUGUGACAAAGUCGCCUCAUUUGCCAAAACCUUCAGCGUAUCCACCAAAACAUCUGAUAAGCUUUUUGCUGUUUCACUUACACAAAUGCCCAAGCCAGGGGCCCACGAAGAUGCCUUUUGCUCAACCACCAAGGUGGAAGUUGACAACAAAAAGAAAUUGAAUGGUGGAACAGCAAAGAGAAGAGGAAGAAAACGCAAAAUCCCAGAUGAAAUUUUGGCUUUUCAGACCAAGAAGAGGAAGUGUAUCGUUGACACAUGUAGAGAUGGUAAAGAAAGAGUAAAAAUUGACCCCCAGGAACUCAGAGACAGAAAAACUGGGGCUGUGAAAAAGUAUCGGAAUAUUAUGCCCAAGCCUGUCAUUGUCAUGCAAGCAGUGGCUCCCCUGGCUUCCCCUGCACCUGUUCUACAGACCAAAUCCCCUGGCUGCUCAGACCGAGACGUUUUGUCAAAUAGUUCACUUUCAAAUAAGUAUCUCGGCUCUAAGCAGAAUGAUAGUGCUUCCACUAAGCCAGGUACCGUAUGCAAGAAUGGCUUUUCUGCCAUAAAAAAGCCUUGGCACAGAUGCCACAUCUGCAACCACCACUUUCAGUUUAAACACCAUCUUCAGGAUCAUAUGAACACUCAUACAAACAGACGGCCCUACAGUUGCCGGAUCUGUCGCAAAGCAUAUGUGCAUUCUGGAAGUCUCAGCACCCACAUGAAGCUUCAUCACAGUGAGAGUCGUCUCAAGAAGCUCAUGUGUUGUGAAUUUUGUGCAAAAGUUUUUGGUCAUAUUAGGGUCUACUUUGGCCAUUUGAAAGAAGUACAUCGGGUUUUGAUCAACACUGAACCCUCCAUCAGUGAAUUGCUGCAGGGCAAAGGGCCAAAGAAUCGAGGAGCAGAAGAAUCAGUGGAAAGAGAAAACAAGUCCAUCCUGGAGGAGACCCUCCUUCCAGGAGCGGCCAGUGAGGUCAAGUUGGACAUCAGGUGUGGCCGCUGUCAGGUCACCGCUCAGUCUUUUUCUGAGAUGAAAUUCCAUUUGUUGUAUGUGCACGGAGAGGAUGUUCCGGGGAAACUGAAGGAAGGGACCUUCCCGGGCAGCAAGGGCGCUCCGGACGAGGUGGUGAAGCGGGCGGCUCACUUCUGGAAGCAGCACAGCGAGAGGAGGGCUCUGGGGAGGAGGGACGCCUUGGAGGAGGAGGUCUAUGCCUUCCCCAUCCAGCUCAAACGGGAAAUCUUACUCCUCCAUCAGAAAAACCUAGACGUAUUAACAAAGAGCGAGGAGGCUGCGCUGGGAACCAGCGAACCAGGGAAGGCUCUGCCAAGCCCGGAUGGCGCCACGCCGUACAAGAUUCAGGUCUGGUCUAACUUGGGAUUUAACUGUCUCCUUUGUAAGCAGACGCUGGAACGGAAAGAAGAACUCUUCCUUCAUUGGGAGCAGCAGCACAACUGCGAAGACCCGUCUGUACUUUGGGCUCUUUUAAGUGCAUUAUCUUCACAGGGAGUAAUUGAACUUUCUAAUGAGGCUGAAAAAUGAAAUACCUGGGAGGGAAACAGGACAGGAAAUUUUUGCUCUGCCCUUCCCCACAGAGUUUAAUGCUGUACUUGUUUCUCUUAAUUACGCAUUUGGGCCAUGAAAAAAAAAUUUUCAUGAAUAAAGGCAAAUUUUAUACAAUUUGUUUUCUUAUGAACUACACAAGAAACUCAGCACAGAAUUUUUGGAUUUGAAUGAGAAUUUGUUGUAAAAUGUCACUAAUUAGCUGAAAAAAACUUUGACUCCUUUUCAAAAUAAAUAGAAAGACUAGAAUGUGAAUACAAAAAUCAAGAUUAUAAGAUCUGCUUAAAAUAUACUGUGCAGGAUGAACAUUAUACAUUACUACCAUUUUUGUGUACUAGCACACAAAUGCCUUCUAUUGAUAUAACAUUGAUAAAUCUGAUAACUUUCUAGACUGAAAACUUAAUUUCGGUCUCAAAAGUAGUACCAAGUUUUAUGGUAAUGAAUGUUGAUAUAUAUUAAAUCCUUGGGCUUUAUUUGAUAUGCUUUAGGAGAAUGUAUUUAAUAAGAUUGUCAUUUGCCCUAAUUUAAAUUCCACAUAUCCAGUCCCUCAAUUUUUUUUUUCUUUAAUGCUUAAUGUUCAUUGCCUUAAAGAGUCUUUGCUGGCAUGUCUUACAAGUAGAGUUUUCUCUUCAAAGUAAUCAAGAUUCUUUUAAUACUCUAGCUAUUAUAUAUAUAAAAAAAAACAUGCAUUUUUCUGGGUAAGAAAUUAUUUUCAAAAAAGCAGAGCUAAAAUAUUUAUAGCCUGAAAAGUAACAUAGAUUGUUCCAGCCAGAAACCUGGGUGUCUCAGCUGCUUUCCCUUGUCCCUCAGGCGAGCUUCUUUUUGAAUGGUGGCUUGGAAGAAUGUCUCUGUGUUAUUAAUUUAACAGGCCCAGGUUUUUUGUUUUUUCUAAUUCAUGAAUAAAACUCCUUUUUUAACAUCUAGAAAACUUAAAAGAUGAACAUUUCAGAUUCUGAUAGUCUAGCAGAAUCUGAAAUGUUCAUCUUUUAAGUUUCAGCUCAUUCUGGAUACAGAAAUAAUCUUAUAGCUAUGGAAUGUUUGGAAGAUAGUGUUCAAAACAAAGUUCAUCUUCUUCCCUACUUCCUCUUUGCCAAAACUGCAUCAGCUCUUGACUUCUGUGUCUGUUAGCGACACCAGCAUUCUUCUGCUCACCCCAGUGCAAAACCUGAAUUGCUUUUUCUUCCUCCUUCUUCCUGCUCACCCUCAUAUAACUAAAUCCUGUUGAUUCUAUCCCUGAAAUGGCUUUUUUUUAACCCAUCCCUCUCUUUAAAUUCCCAUUGCCACCAUCCAGGGUUAUGUCCUCAUUAACUUACCUAAACAGUUGCAGGAGUCUUUAACUGGUCGUCCUACUUCUGUAUCUUCUCCUGUCACAUAUGGCCACCAAAUUAAUUUCCUAAAACAGCUGUGAUCAUCCACUGACGCUCAUAAUCCUUUGGUGGUUGCUUACUAACAAAUGACAUCCAAUUUCUUAAUUUAGUGUUUGAAGUUUGAUCCAAUAUGGUCUCAGCCUUCCCUAUUCCCACUCUUUUCUUGUUCUAUAGCCUACACUUAAUAUAAGAUAGGUACUCAACUGGACCACCUAUCACUUUCCCCACACAGCCCAGAAUAUGUCUCCAUCCCAUGAUUCUGUUCAUGAUGCGGCCCAUGAAUUGGCUUUACCUUCCCUCCUCCUUCCACGGCUCCAUCAGUUGGGUUCCUAUUAUCUUCCAAGCCAAAGAGAAUCUUUCUUUUCUCUGAACCACCACAGCAAUUUUGUUUGUAUAUUUCUCAUCUUUAAGGUUGUAAGCUCAUCAGGGCAAGAGUCGUGUUUUAGACAACUCUGUAUUCCCCCAUAGUGCCUAACAAAGCCCCUUGCACAAAGGCACUCAAAUAAAUGUUGUGGAAUGAUGGGAAUUCCUUCCCUCAGUCUUUGAAAUGAUUUUCAGAUUAGUAUGAACCUGUGUGAUUCAGGGUAGAUGCAAAGUGUACAAUAUUCACUUGCUCCCAAUGCACCUUCAGUUCUUCUGAGUUUUAAUCCCUUAAUUCCUCACAUUUAUAAUUUAGAGAAUGCCUUCAGCUACUCUUUUCCAUUUUCUUCUCCCAGUAACCCUAAGGAGAUAAGCAAGAAAGAUAUUUUUAUCCCCUCUUGUUUUUGAGCCUUUGUUAAAAAGGCUGGAAGAGGAGUAUUUGGAGAGAGACCUUGUCUAUAUCCUCCCAUCACUAUCAAGAAAAUAACAAUGAUGAAUUUUAUACCUAUCACUUCUACCAUCACUAGUACCUGAUGUUUUCAGGAUCAAUUCUCUGGGCAUUUGCUGAUAAAUUGGGAGAAUUAAACCCUGUUAGUUUAAGAUAGUCUUAUUUGGGAUUAAUGACCUCAGGAAUUACAGGGGAAACUUAAUAACUCAGUAGUGAUCAUAGAAAUGGAGUAUACUAAGAAUUACCCAGCAUGUGAACUAUCAGGGGAAGUUACAGCCUCAGUAUACAAUUAAUAAUCUCUUAAAAAUGACUUCCAUAUGAAAAUUUAAUACUUAAUGUUAAUUCUAAAAAUAUAAGACAUAAUUUUUCCUGAAAAGAGAAAGACAACAGAUUAUCAAUCAACAUCUGUUUUAGGUCUAAAAAUUUUCCAUGCAGUCAUUGGGAUGAAGUGGAAGAGCUAAAGUCCAACUUUCUACCUUCUGAAUAGCCAGAGAGGGGAAAAUGUUGAGUAAAAUCAAAUGGAAGACUCUUCCUCCCACCCAAAAAAAUUGAAAGAAAGAAACCACCUCCCUUGAAUUCUUAACUAGCACUAUGAAUUAGAUUCGAUUGCAUGCCCUCCUGCUCCUUCCCCCAAGGAUAAAGCAGCAUCAUAUCUUCUAUCUCACAAACUCUACUAACUAUGAACAUCAGUUUCUUUUUCAAAAAAGUCGAUUUUCAGACAAGGAGGUCUGACUUACAUUUUCUUAUAUACUACAAGUAGAAAGCUGCCUCCUCAAUUCAGUCCACAGGACAUAAUUUUUUUUUUAAACUAAGGCAGUCUUGCCCAAUUAAUAAAAAAAAAAAAAAUCUGUUACCUCAAUCUGUUGACCUCCUGGGGACAAUUCUUUCCUGAGCCCUAUUUCUUCAUAUUUUCAGUUUGAUUGGAACCAAGUUAUAUAAGCUAGUGCUAUUCUGCCUUGUCAUCCCCUUGAUAACGUCCACAUUUUUAUUCUAAACAGUUAAAACAUAAUUUUGGAUCCUUUGUUAUUAACAGGGAUGUCUAGUAAAUGUUUUAACAAUAGGCUGUAUGGUAAUCUAUAUGUGUGUGUGUGUGUGUGUGUGUGUGUGUGUAUAAACAGUACAUAAGCGUAAACUGCAUUAUUAACAUUUUUUGGAUUGUUUCUUAAGUCUAGGCAAUCAACCAAAAAAUACAUCAAACCCUAAUUUGUAACAUUUGUUCUUUUUUGAGUUAAAAAUGAAAAUUUUAAGAUCCCCAUAGAUUUAAAUCUGACCAAUGAGCCAGGUUAAACUGGCUCCAGCAAGCUUCUAGUUGUUGAUUACAAUAUCACCAAGGAAUUCUAUGUAGGAAGACUGUGUUAACAUGAUUAUUUCUAAGAGAUAUAACCAGGAUUUGGAUUAGGCAUUCUUACUAAUUAAGAAUUAGUAAGUAUUACUAGUAAUUCUAGUAAGAAUUACUAGAUUCAGUGCCACUACAUGUCUAUAAGAAAGAACAAGUACAUUUGCUAAGCUAAGUUAUUACAUUACUUCUUUGGCUAAUAUUCUGAUGAAGUCAAGCAUUUGGGUGAAGCAGUUAGGACCAAAUAGAUAUUUUUAAAAGGAAAAAUUAAAAUGCUGGGGGAAAAAAAGUAAAAAUCUCACAUAAGUACAUCAUUUUUUAUUGGAAAAGGAGGAGAUCCAGAGGGAAGACUAGUAUUACACAGACAACCCAAAUACUGCCCUGGUAUUUCUGAAAUAUUACAGAUACCAAAGGAAAACUUCCAGUGUAUUGGGCCAGUCUUCUACAAAUGAUUUUUUGAAAGUUAAGAAUUCUCAGGAUCUCAUACUGAAAGUAAUAGAAUCUUAAAACCAUUAUAGACUAAAUUUAUAAAAUAUCUCAGGGAGAGAAUGAGACCAGAAAAAUGGGGACAAUAAUAUUUACACUUCUAGUCAUUGAGUAUCAAUCUAUAUGCUGCUUGCAUCAAACUGCAGAGCAUUCUCAGGCUUCCAUGAGAUUCCUGAUUAUUCAAAAGAGAUGGCUGACAACCUGCCUGGGAAAAACCGAAUGGAUGGAAAAAGCCAAACAACAACCCAGAAUUCUGUAGAGCUAGAAUUGGUCUCCAAUUUGCAUUCCUUUUGUCUGGUUUGUUGUUCAGUUGAGUUCAGUACAGCAAACAGCAUUUCCAAAAAGCUUAAUUCGGUUUUAAGCUAAUUGUGCUGAGAUUUUUAGAACACCUUGUAUUUGGGACAGAAUGAGCUGGGCCCAGACUCAAAUUGGGGGGGAAAGGGCACAAUUGCAUUUUGAAAGUUGUACAGUACUUUUAAUAAGCCUAAGUGGCUCCUGGAGGUGUUACAUAGUAAAAAAAAAAAAAAAAUCUUAAUAUCACAAAUUUGCAG